CAGAAAAUGUAUCAAAUAGUUAAUAAUGAUUCCUCUUGGCCUCGGAUUGUCCGGAGAUCUACCUUCUACUAAGAAAAAUGACAUUGCAAGGGACAACAAUUCACCAAAGAUUGAACAAGAAAGCCUUUGUUUUUCAAUUCCUAGCCGAUGUCCACAACACUUCCAUUGUUUUCUCAGCCACCUUCAUCUAUAUCUUCCGCACACUUGUUACAGCACAACUCCCCAUUUGGACAUUAAUACAAACAGUUGAUAGACACUUCCCUCGAACCACGACUUCAAUGGGUUCUCUCCCUUCUCCACCUAGACCCACAACACCACCACCGUCACCCGAACUCGCUCCAUCGCGCUAUCGGGUCUAUGCCUCUUUUUGCCUUAGAGAACCCUCGCCGAACAUGAACAUCUGCAACUGGAUCGAAUUUUACAAUCCAAGCAAUAACACAUGGACUUCCGUCACUUCGAUUCCAGGUUUGAUUGAUAACCACGUCUUGAAGGACUUCGUCAUGGUUUCUCUAGGAACCUCAAUCUACAUAAUCGGUGGUCGGCUAUGCCGGAAACAGAAAUUACACCACUCCGAUUAUUCCAAUGACUUCAUCGACGAAGAAAUUGAGGUCUUGUCGUCGGUCAGGCGCUACGACGUCUUGUCAAACCAAUGGUCCAUGUGUACGCCACUAGGCGUGCCACGUUACAACUUCGCUUGCGCCGUUUGUGAGAACAAAAUCUACGUGGCAGGUGGGAAAUCCGAGCUGGCAAGCGCGAGAGGUAUAUGUUAUGCUGAGGUGUACGAUCCAACUCUCGAUGUGUGGACUCCUUUGCCUAACAUGAGCACCUUGAGGUACAAAUGUGUCGGUGUGACGUGGCAAGGCAAGAUCCACGUGGUUGGUGGGUUUGUGGAGAGAGGAGAUUCGGGUUGGAUGUCGUCUAUGAUUGAACGGAGCUCCGCUGAGGUGUACGACACGCAAGCGGGAAGGUGGGACCUCAUAGCGGGGAUGUGGCAGUUGGAUGUGCCACCUAAUCAAAUCGUGGCCGUUGGUGAUAGGCUUUUCAGUUCAGGUGAUUGUCUCAAGGCAUGGAAAGGCCAUAUAGAAGCCUAUGAUGACAAAGUCAACAUAUGGAAUGUAGUGGAUGGUUCGCACCUUCAAACACUAAACUCGCCUAUUUCAACCAACGAUCAGAAUUGGACCCCCAUCGAACGGUUGUAUUUAACCAUGGUCCCAAUUGGGGCCCACCUAUUUUUCUUGGCUGGUUAUAGGAUGGCUAGGGAGUCAUCAAGAACAAUGUCAAGGGUACAGAUUUUUGAUACGUCGGCAUCUAGUGAUGCGUGGAGACACUUCGAACCAAUGGAGGAAGAGGGGGAGAAGGAGCUUUGUAGCCAUUGUUGUGUUGUUCUAGUAUCAUAA